AUGAAAAUAUUUAUAGAAUUACCUUUUUGCGGAAAGAUAACGAUAUUAGAAGUUGAAAAUAAUUUCACUAUUGAAAAAGUAAAGCUUAUGAUUCAAGAAAUGGAGAAUUUCCCAAUGAAUAGACAAAUUCUUAAUUUCCAAGGAAAUGAAAUAACUGACAACAACCAAACUCUUUCAGAUCUCAACAUUCAAAAUGAAUCAACUAUCAACGUCUAUCUCCUAAUGACACAAAGAUAA